UCCCUUAUUACUAAAUUUGCCAAAUAAUAUGGACGAUAACGACAGCGACGACAAUUCUACCGAGUAUGAAAAUAUGCCUUCUCACCUCAUAGUGCAAAAACAGCUUCAAGAUUUGGUGUCCAUACAGAAGGCCAGAGUCGCACGCUUGCAAGAAAGUGUGAACUUGCAAAAUGAGACUUUAAAGGGUAACUUUGUACCGAGGGAACAAUACGAUACAGAGUUGUCCUCACUUCAGGAAAGUUUGAGAAGUGAUUAUGUACCCAGGGAUCAAUAUGACUCAGCAGUUAGACAGUUGGAGGAUGAGAAGGUGGAGCAUGCAGCUACUCAUGUUCGUCUGCAGGAGGCCCUGGGUAAGCUGGAGCAGGCAGUGGCCGAGGUAAACAAUCUGCAGGAACAGCUGCUGCAGCAGAAGGCACACUACGAGAAACAAAGUGGAUCAUUGAAGAGCAAGACCAUGCAAGAGACUGCCAAGACAAUGAAGCUUCAGUCCAAGUGUUCUGAGAUGGCACGUCACUGUGAACAGCAGGAGGCAGUGUUGAGUGCCAAGGACAGCGAGAUCGCAGGCCUGGAGCGCAGGCUGAAGGAACAGGAGCUCUUGUACCGCAAGGAGGUCAGCGAGUCUGACAUUGAGAAGAAGCAGCAGCGCUACAUCGCCACUGUGCUGGCAGAGGAGGAGCGAAAGAAGUCACGGACUGGCACCACCUCACACCUGGCUGUGCCAAAGACCAAGCCCAAAAGAUGAGGCAGGGGAUCUGUAAUG